AUGGCGGUUACUUGCGAGGUUUGUUCUUCGGAACAAUCCAAAUAUCGAUGCCCUACCUGCGGGCUUAUGAGUUGCUCGCUUGGCUGCACACAAUCGCACAAGAUCUACUGCACACCAAAACCUCAGGAACAGACCUCCUCGAAUAACCAUAACCCCCCUCAACCCGAUACAGACGCGAACGACCCCGCAACCUCAAAGAAGCAGAAUGACGACCGCCCCGACCCAGCGGCAGUGCUCAAAUCACCAGACCUCGAACCUCUCCUCAACCGAUAUCCCCAACUCCGAGCCCAAUUGCGCGAUAUUUACAAGACCUCAUUGGAGGAGGAAUGGGUCGAGCUACAAUACAAACCUCAGGCAGGCCGGGGACGCGCGAAUGUAAGAGGAGGGAGAGGCGGAUAUCGCAAUCGGGGACCUUGGACCCGGGAGAAGGGGUUUAAUCGGGGUCUAGGGAAAGUGAGGAAAUAUAGGGAACAAUGCGAGGCUGGGUUGGAAAUUGGGAAGGACGCGGAAGGGUUUAUGCGAUUUGUCGCGCUGGUCAAUGGC